AUGUCGCGGUGGCACAGUAAUGGCGGGGCUACAGUGACACUUACGUACGGUUCUUCUCGUCCUUCUAUUGAAAUUUAUCGACCACCUGCGAGUCGAAACGCAGACAGUGGUACUCAUUUAAACAGGUUGCAGUUUCAACAGCAGCAAAACAGUGUUCAUGCUGCCAAACAGCUUGAUGUUCAGAGCAGCCGGGUGUAUGAGACAGGACGUCUGUGUGAACCAGAAGUGCUUCACAGCUUAGAAGAGACUUACAGUCCCUUCUUCAGAAGCAACUCAGAAAAGAUGAGUAUUGAGGAAGAAAACUUUCGGAAGAGAAAGUUGCCUGUGGUAAGUUCAGUUGUUAAAGUAAAGAAGUUCAGUCACGAUGGAGAAGAGGAGGAUGAAGACGAUGACUGUGGGUCCCGGACCGGAAGCCUCUCCAGCAGUGUGUCGGUGCCGGCAAAGCCUGAACGGAGACCUUCACUUCCACCUUCUAAACAAGCUAACAAGAAUCUAAUUUUGAAGGCUAUUUCUGAAGCUCAAGAAUCUGUAACAAAAACAACUAACUAUUCUACAGUCUCACAGAAACAGACACUUCCAGUUGCUCCCAGAACUCGAACUUCUCAGGAAGAAUUGCUAGCAGAAAUGGUCCAGGGACAAGGCAGAGUCCCCAGGAUAAGUUCUCCCAUUAAAGAAGAGGAAGCAAAAGGAGAUAAUAUAGACAAAAGUCAAGGAACUCAACAGAGGCAGUUGUUAUCCCGAUUACAAAUUGACCCCGUAAUGGCAGAAACUCUGCAGAUCAGUCAAGAUUACUAUGACAUGGAAUCCAUGGUCCAUGCAGACACAAGAUCAUUUAUUCUGAAGAAGCCAAAGCUGUCUGAGGAGCUAGUAAUGGCACCAAACCAGGAGUCGGGGAUGAAGACUGCAGAUGCCCUUCGGGUCCUUUCAGGACACCUUAUGCAGACACGAGAUCUUGUACAACCAGAUAAACCUGCAAGUCCCAAGUUUAUAGUGACGCUGGACGGUGUCCCCAGCCCCCCAGGAUACAUGUCAGAUCAAGAGGAGGACAUGAGCUCUGAAGGAAUGAGAGCCGCCCAGCACCCUGCAGCCUCACACGGGGGACUCGCGGGUCUCCUCCGCCCGCAGCACGCCCGCGUGCUGAGCAGGCAGCUUGAGGACCCAGAUGGUAGCUUUGCAAACGCUGAGAUGAGCGAGCUGAGCGUGGCGCAGAAGCCAGAGAAGCUGCUGGAGCGCUGCAAGUACUGGCCUGCCUGCAAGAAUGGGGACGCAUGCCCUUACCAUCACCCCGUGUCGCCGUGCAAAGCCUUUCCUAAUUGUAAAUUUGCUGAGAAGUGUCUGUUUGUUCAUCCAAAUUGUAAAUAUGAUGCAAAAUGUACUAAACCAGACUGUCCCUUCACUCACAUGAGCCGAAGAACCCCAGGACUGCCUCCAAAACCAGUCACAGCACCAGCACCGCCUUCCAGUAGUCAGCUGUGCCGCUACUUCCCAGCUUGUAAGAAAAUGGAGUGUCCCUUCUAUCAUCCGAAACACUGUAGGUUUAACACGCAGUGUACGCGACCUGACUGCAUCAGGGCCUUUUCAAAUGACUGCAGUGUAACUGAAUCAUAG